UAGAAGAGAAAAACAAAUUAUCGUGAUAAUUAUAAUCAACGUUAUUCAAUACAAAACUAAUCAAUAAAUUGUUGAUUUAAAUCAAUGAUUAAAGCGCCAUCAUUAGGAAUCAAUUGAAAGGCAAAAAGAAAGGGAAACUUGAUUAUCAUCAUCUUUUACUAUUUAUCAUCAUCAUCAUCAUCAUCGUCUUUGCAUCAUCUCAUUGUUAGUUUUGCUUCAACUUUCAUUUGAUUCGUGACAAUUUAGUUUAAUUAAUUUCUAUAUGACAAUAUUGAUUUAAUCUUUUAACUCUAAUUGUGAUUAAAUUGUUUCCAUUCUCAAUCAUUAUUAAUAUCAUCUUCAUUUACUAAUUAAAAGUUCACAAUGAAUCGUAAUCCAAACAAUAAGGAUAAUCUUAAACUUCCGUCAGGAUCAAAGGAUUCAGAAGGAACCAAAUACAUUUCCGAAGGUUCGCUUUUAUUGUAUAUCGCCGUUUUCGGUGCUCUUCUUGGCGGGAUUAAUGUCGGCAUGAUGAUCGGUUAUGCUUCCCCGGCGGUCAAUAGUAUGGAAAGUAACACUAGUCGACCUCAUUAUGAUCGGAAAACAGAUUCAGAUGUCGAAACGUGGAUUCGUAGUAUCCCAACGAUCGGUGCGGUAGCUGGAGGUUUAACUGGAGGUCCACUUUCGGGAAUUGCGGGAAGACGAGUAUGCUUAAUGGCUGUUUGUUUACCUCUCUUUCUGGGAUGGAUGUUAAUUACCACUGCGACCAAUACGGCGAUGAUCAUAACUGGACGUUUACUGACCGGAAUAAUUUCGGGAAUCUUUUGCUGUGCUACUCCGACCUACGUUAUUGAAGUAGCACCUUUGUCACUUCGAGGUGCUCUCGGAAGUGGUUUCCAGGUUUUUGUCACAAUUGGUAUUCUCAUUUCUUCAGUACUUGGAACGGCGACUGAAUGGAAAUUACUUGCAUUUUUAUCAUCGAUUCCAGUGAUAGUUAUGCCAAUCAUUUUAUACUUUUGUCCAGAAUCUCCGGUUUACUUGUUCAAUAAGAAAGGUGCUGGAAAGGAAACCAUGAACGCAUUAAGAUUAUUAAGAAGUGAAAACAGUUCGGUUGAUGCUGAACUUGAACAAAUUGCGAAAACACCCAAGGAAAAGCAACCAAUGAUUCUUAGUUGGGAACAAUUAAAAAUGCCAAUAGUCUAUUAUCCAUUUUUUUAUGCUUGUGGUAUAUUGUUUUUCCAACAAGCAUCAGGUAUCAAUGCUGUUAUCUUCAAUGAACUUGACAUCUUCAUCCUUUCCGGUAUUAAAAUGAAUCCUAAUUAUUGUUCAAUUAUCCUGAACGGUGUAGCUGUUAUUGCAACCAUAGCAAGUGCUUCCGUUUCCGAUAGAUUUGGAAGGAAAGUUUUACUAUUCGUCUCAGGUGUUGGUAAUACUUUGGCCUUGUUCAGUUUAUCAGUUUGCUUUUACUUGACCAAAAAGGAUCCAAAUUUUGGUCAAAAUUAUGGUUGGAUUGCUCUUCUUUCAACAAUAGCUUACCUUGCCUUUUUCGCUCUUGGUUAUGGUCCAAUCCCUUGGGCGAUUGCACCGGAAAUGUCACCUUAUUUUGCUCGAGGUUUUAUCACAGCGAUUGGAACUUUUCUCAAUUGGGGAACAGCGUUUCUGGUAACCAAAGAAUUUGAGAAAAUGGAACAUCUUUUAACACCGGCGGGUUCUUUCGCCUUCUUUACCAUUAUAUCUUUUAUUGGUCUUUUAUUUACAUCGUUUGUCCUUCCAGAAACAAAAGGUAAAUCAAUCGAUGAAAUUCUGGCCAUUUUUGAGAAAAAAACCAAACCCGUUGAUAAUGUUAAACUAGCGACCAUCGAACCAUUUCCUUGAACACAAAUCCAUGGAACAUGUUGACCAUUAGGUGAAAAACAAUCAAUCGUUUGACCAGAAGAUGACCAAGCCAUUGGAUCUGUAAUAAAUGAGAAUAGGUGAUAAGUGAUGUCUUUUUUGGGGGAAAACUUUUUUUUAUUCAAUAUUAACUAUGGUAAAACCUUUUCCAAUCAUGGGUUAAUCCAUAUUUGGAGUGAUUUACCUUAAUUGCCUCACACUAAUUGCCUUAAUUAACAGUGUACUUGACUGAUUGAUUAUCAGUGAAAUUUGAUGAGAUGAAAUCAAUUAUCUUCAUCUCUAUCCUUUUCCCUGUCUCUCUCUUUUUUAUAUUACUCAUAAUCAUGUAAUGUUUAAUUUGAAAAUCAAAUAAAGUCAAUUGACAUUAAUUGGUA